UUUAAAGUGUGUAUAAAAGAAAGAAAAGAAAUAACAUAAAAAUUACUUACAAUAAAAAUAAUUUGUUAAAGAAUUUAAACAAAGUUUGUUUUUUUUUCUACUUUUUUAUGAUAAACCCAUAAAAUAGAAACGUUUAAAUUUCUAUAUAAAUAGUUAACAUAAAUUUUAUGAUUAUUUGUUAAAUCGGCUUAAAGUUUUUAUUUUUUGUUAUUUAUACAAGCUUGUGUAUAAAUUUGUUGUGUUUUAUAUAAGCUGUUUAGUGUGGUAGUAGAAAAAAAAGGAUUAAAAUAAUUUGAAACAAAUAUAAUAUAAAAUAAAAAUAUACAAUAUAAUAGAAUCACAAAAACACAAAAAAAUAAAGAAAAAAAAAUAUCUUCCCAUGAUGUUUAUUAAAGCAUGAGCUCUAUUUUAUUGUCAUUGCCACAACGUUAUAAGCGCCAAUUACAAGCAAUGACUCUUGCCGUGAUCAUCAUUUACACCACUUUGGUGUUUUACCAAAGUUCAUAUGGAUAUCCCAAUAUUGAGAUUUCGCAAAAUCCCUCACAAAAAUAUCACCAUAAAGUGGGUGAAGUACAAACACAUCAUAUGAAAUUAUUACAAUACGAAACAUCUACCACAAAUACACCCACCUCAACAACGACACAACAACAAUCAUCAUCAGCAGCUGCAGCAGCAUCUUCAUCUUUAUCACAGUCAUCUUCUACUCAGGAUUUAAUAGCAAAUCCUGUUCAUACCACCGUUAAUCAACCCACUACUGUGAUUAUACGCAAGGACAUACAUAGUUUUAAUUUCUCUGACAUUGAGUUGCCCAUCGAAAGACCCACAGCUUCGGCUCAUUAUUUGCGUAAUAAACAUUUACUACGUGAUCUCUCACAGCGUUCGGUGACGGGUACACCGAAGCCACCCACCACCGAAUUGGAUGAUAUAUUUAUAAGUGUUAAGACAACGAAAAGUUAUCAUGACAGUCGUUUGGCCUUGAUUGUUAAGACAUGGUUUCAGUUGGCCAAAGAUCAGACAUGGUUCUUUACGGAUACUGAUGACCCAUAUUAUCAACAAAAGACAAAUGGACAUUUAAUCAAUACCAAAUGCUCCCAGGGUCAUUUUCGUAAAGCUCUCUGCUGUAAAAUGUCAGCGGAACUAGAUGUUUUUCUGGAAAGUGGUAAAAAAUGGUUUUGUCAUUUUGACGAUGACAAUUAUGUAAAUAUACCCCGUCUGGUAAAACUUCUAGAUGAAUACAGUCCCUCUGUUGAUUGGUAUUUGGGUAAACCCAGCAUAUCCUCACCCUUGGAAAUACAUUUAGAUAGUAAAAAUACUUCGUUAAAUAAAAGGAUUACAUUUUGGUUUGCAACAGGUGGUGCUGGCUUCUGUUUAAGUCGAGCCCUGACAUUAAAAAUGUUACCCAUAGCAGGUGGUGGUAAAUUUAUAAGUAUUGGAGAUAAAAUAAGAUUUCCUGAUGAUGUUACCAUGGGUUUUAUUAUUGAACAUCUUUUAAAAGUACCGCUCACCGUUGUCGACAACUUCCAUUCACAUUUAGAGCCCAUGGAGUUUAUACGUCCUGACUCUUAUCAGAAUCAAGUGUCCUUCAGUUAUGCUCUCAUGAAGAAUCAAUGGAAUGUGGUUAAGGUUGAUGGUUUCGAUACAAAAACAGAUCCCAGACGAUUUUAUUCAUUACAUUGUAAAUUAUUUCCUUAUUUUAGUUAUUGUCCUCAUAGAUGAUUUAAUUAAGAAAAUGAAGUAAAAACAUUUUAUUUUUAUUUUUUAAUUGUUGUUGAUUUGUGUAAAAAAAAAAUGAAUAGAAAGGAAAAAUUUUUAUGUUUUAUUUGUUAAAAAUCUGUGAUGUAGUUCUAUUAAUUAUAAAUAUUCUUUAAAAAUCAUAUAAUUACUUUAAAAAUAAUGCUUCCAUUUAAUUUAUUGAAAUUAUAUUAGUUUUAAGUAAUUGAAAUUUGUGAAAAAAAAAAUCGAAAAUAAAUUUAAACAUUCAGUAUUUGAAAUAGAAUUAAUUGUUCUUAAAAAUCUUUUCCCAUAUUGUAAACCACAUUUCGAAAAUCCUCCAAAAUAAAUAUUAACUGUAAUAAUAAGGUUUAAUUAAAAAAUACCAUUAAAAAAUUCGAUUAUCUUAUAACUUUAAUUAAACGAAACUUAACUGAAUGUUUAAUUUUGCCGCAAUUUGUAACAAAAAUCUUCCAUGUAUUUUAAAAAAACGUUGGUUAUAAUUUUAACAUUAAAAUUUAGUUUUUAAUAAAAUCUAGUCUCUUUAAGAGCUAAAAUUAUUAAAAAAGGAACUUUAUGUAAAAAUAUAAACAAUGAAAUACAAAAUAAAAAUUUAAAAUAGUUCCUAAAGUUGUAAAUAUUAUUAAUAAAAUAAAAUAAAUGUAAAAUAAAAAUUAAUG